CGGGGAGGCCAGCCCGUAGCAACCGGGCCGUCUCCAGGUCAACAGCCGGGCGGCGGCGGCCGCCAUGGCACGGCNGGAGGCAGGUUCUUAAGAAGAAAGCAAAGAGGAGCUAUCAGUUGAGAGAUCCACCAUGACUGGCAACCCGUUUAAGACACUUACCUGGAGUGACUCUGCCUUUGAUUCAAAGUACAGACAAGACUAUGAGAAUUUAAGUUUCCAUGAGGACCACAAAAAGAAAUCAGAAGAGAAGAAAAGGAGUCUGCCAGUCAGUAAGUGGGACAUGGAUGUACAGCCCCUCAUUUCAUCUUCUGAAUGGCUUCAGCUUCAUGGGCUCAAGAGAAACAAAUUGACCUUGUCCCAGAUUUUGUCACAAAUUGGAUUCCAGCACAGGAAAGAUUAUGUGACCACUUUGGGGAAACUUGUGGCUUCUCGGUAUGCAGAUGGCUUGUUUCCUCAAUACAAGAAAGCACACGAUGGCAGCGUGUAUAAUCUGACAGCCAAAAAAGAACUGAUUCUUAAUUUUGUGGAAUGUCUAAUGGGAGCUAUUGAGCUGUAUCAGCAGCGAAUGGAAUGGUUAACCAGUGAAAGCCGGCUGAUAUUUGGAGUGAUUCGAGAACGGCACAUCGUCAUUGUUUUGGAUUUUGGCACUGCAGCUCCAACCGAAUUCGAUCUCUGCCGUGAUGCACUUUCUAUGGUUCUUGUGGAACAAGUGACACAGAUUGCCAAAUUUAACCUCAUUUGGGCUGCUGAGGAUCUUACGAAGUGGCAAGAGAAAUCUGCUCCUGUGUCUGAAUAUACUGUAAAAUCUGCUGUUAAGUGGCUCUGGAAGCUGGACCACACAACAUCUGCCAGCAGUACCACCCCUGCUGGAGCCCUGGUGGAAGCCAUGAGUGAUGAGACGAUUGAAGCUGUUUAUUACUUUGUGGUGGGUGACAUUCCAGCAGACACAAAGCAGCUACUCCUUGAGAAAGUUUCUGAUGGCCCCUGUCCAGUCAACACUGUGUCUUUUAAUGCUAGGGAAGAUGAAACUGUUAUUUUUCUGAAGAAGCUGAGCCACUUGGCCUCUGGAAGAUUCCAUGCUUUUGUUGAGAAGAAUUACUAUAGAGAUGCUACUGGACCUGCGCUAAAAUGUGAAGAAGAUGGAAAAGGUCUAAUUGCCCAGAAUUCCAGAAAAGUGAAAGGGAGAAUGCCACUAGUAGCUGGUGUUCGUGAAGAUGUCUUUUUGAUCUGGAAAGAGUUGGUGGAAGCUAGGAGUACGCUGAGACAAGUUCAGAAAAUUUUAUCUGAAUCUCGUCAGCCUGAUUCUGCAGGAACUGAAGCUGAUCAUCCAUUAGAAGAGCAUAAAUUUGACAAAUAUUUGACUUCUGAGGAGUGGUUGCAGAAGUAUGGCUUGAAAGCUCAGAAGCUCACAGUGUAUGAUGCACUUGCUGAUUGUACAUUUCGCCAUGCAGAUGGAAUUGUUGACAUCAAAACUAAACCAGAGGAUGAAUCUUCACAGACUGAUGCUGAGACAAAGAGGAAGGUAAUUCAUGCUAAAUACUGUGACAAGUUUGUACAUACCUUCUGGAAAGAUGGAUCUGUAGUUCAUGUAUAUGUUACUGCAGAAAAGUAUAAGCAGUAUGAAGAGAAAAUGAGGACUGCUCUCAGACAAGUGGAAGGAAGGAUUAAGUGGCUUCAACAAGGAAGCAGAGGUCUCUUCGGGAACGUGUUUGAAGAUGAUGUCUAUAUUCUUAUUGAUACAUCCCAGUCUAUGAAAGACAAGCUGCCACUAGUGAAGGAGAAAAUAUUUCAGCUCAUACAGGAACAAUUGAGACACAAAAAUAGAUUUAAUUUUGUGAAAUUUAGUUCCCAAGCAGUGGCGUGGCAAGAGAAACUUGCUGAAGUUAAUGAGGAGAAUUUGCAAGAUGCUUGGCUUUGGAUAAAAGGGCUUGAGGUUGGAAGUUCCACAAAUACACUCACAGCUCUCCAGAUUGCUUUUGCUGAUACUGACACUCAAGCUAUUUAUCUCUUGACUGAUGGGAGACCUGACCAGCCCUCUGAAACAAUUUUGGCUCAAGUCCAGCAUCACCCUAAAAUUCCCAUUCAUACUGUAUCCUUCAACUGUGAUGAUACAGAAGCUAAUAAAUUUUUGCAUGAACUCUCUACUAGAACAGGGGGACGGUUUCAUUAUUACAACAUUUAUUCAACUGAUCUUGGUGCUGCAACGUCUACUGAUAGUGAAGAUAUACGUCUGUUAAAACAAGAGAUUGAACAGGGAGAAAAAGACCUAGAGAAAGUAAAGACUUUUCAUGCUGAAUGCCUGAUGAUGGACUGUUACAAAGAAGAAAAUAAUACAGAGAAUAAUAAUCGGAAGCCAACACAUACUUUGUCUUCAGUGGUUGAACAUGUGGAAGAGUUGAGUACUAAUCUUUGCAGCAGGCUGUGCUGUGCUUCACAAGAGCCAGCACUGGGCCCACGUUGGCAUACUGGAUAUGCUUGGCUAGCCAGUGGUGAGAGUUCUGUCCGAAGGAAGAAAGCAUUAUUUGCAGAGCAAACAAAGACAAGUCUGCUGCGAAUCUUGAGCCAUGGAGUGAAAUCAAGGGAAGAAAGCCCAGAGGAAAGAGGAUCUCCUGAAAAAAAGAGCUUUUCUGUCAGAAAGAGUGUGAAGCGCACAACUGUUUUGAAAGAUAUGGAAAUGCAGAAAACUGUGAAAAGGACAUCUAAAAGUUCUCUAGAUAUCUCUUCAGCUCUUUGGUUAAAGACUUAUGGCCUGGUUGCUAGGCGGCUCACCAUCAUGGAUGCCUUAGCUCCUACAGCUGUCCCUCAUGGCACUAAAUACAUCCCAGUUCUGGACAAGCAUGUACUUUCAAAAGUAUUUGAUGAGAUACUCUCAUUGGCCCAUCUGAGCAAUGACAAGAAGCGGAUCACGCUAAUUAAUCCUCAGGCGGUGAAUCUUGACGCCUAUAAAGAGAAGUUGGAACAAGCAAUUAAAUCCUAUGAAAGGCGCCUAAAUCUACUUAUUUGGAGAGCACUGUCUCAGGAGGAAAGAGACAAAUUUGAAGAGGAUGGACCAGUUGAAUACAUGCAGCAUAAGGAAGCUUUGUUGGAGGCUUUAGAGAACUUGGGAUGGCCAAUUUCCUAUGAAGACGUAAUGCUGUUAGAAGAUGAGAUACUGGCGGCGUUAACAUACAUGCAGCAAGCCUCUGAUCUUCAGGAAGCUGUCAAAAAGGAAACUGAGAAGAGCUCAGAAUCACACAUCAGCAAAAGUAAAAAGAGACUUGAAGAAGACACUGUGAAGACUAAAAAGCAACAAAAGGGCAGAGUAUUUGUGACUCUCAAAAACCAGAAGGUGAUUGCAAGAUCAGACAUCACAGGAUUUUAUUAUCCAGGAACUGUGAUAAAGAAUAUCAGUUCUACCUGUGCACUUGUUGACUUCAACCAUGGGGAGAGAUGGGUUGUACCUCUGAAGUUCAUUGUGCCCGUGGGAGGUGCCAUGCCAUGUACAUAUCUACAGGUGGGAGACUAUGUAUUUGCCAGAACUGGGACACAGACAGGGAACAAUUAUUGUUAUGUGCCUGCCAUUGUCAUAGCAACACCAGAAAUGGGGAAAAUGGGUGCUAAACUCUACACAGUUCUGAUGUUCAGCAACAGGAAACAGGAACACUGCGUAAGAAGUUGCCUUAUUAAAAUCAGCCACACCAAAUAUGCCUUCUCCUGUCGGUACAUAAGAAUGGUGCAGAAGGUGGAUUCUACAAUCCCAGAUAAAGAGACUCCGGAGCCCUAUCUACACUCAUCUUUGGAAAAUGAAGGAGGAGAAGUAGCAGAGAAAAGUACAGUAAAAGGAAACAGGGGAAAACAGAAAAAGAAGAGGAGAGCAGAGGACAAAAGACAUGCCAAGGAAAGAAGGAUGGACUCUGAUCUUUUGCUUGUCUCCAGGAGGGAGGUAAAACACAGAGGAAGAAAUUCACUGGCUAGCAAUGAAGAAGAAUUUGAAGCACCUUCUUUCUCUAUUUCAUCGUCCUGGUGUUCAUCAAGGUGUCAAGCUCUGCUGCCGUCGGUUGCUUCAAGCCCCAGCUCACCAGAGCAUCCAUGCUGCUUGUACAGUCCUUCUGCAGAAAGUGUCCUGUGUCCAGUAAAAGCAACAUCACCAGAAUUACUGCAGUAAACAUGGAGAAGCAAGGAUUGGCAGUGCAGCCUCAGCACUACAGCAAAGAACAAAGGAAGCUGCGAUAAGAGUGCGUGGUGAAGGAGCUAGUGAGGAAUGGAUGAGUAUGCAGAUAGGAAAGAUUUUUAGCACAUGCAGCUGUGAAGUUUUAUUGCUUGAAUCAAAAAUAAACUGACUAGUUCGUGCUAAAGUAUUUAUCAUUUUGCAGACUUACUUUGGAGAUAUGAAAGAGAAAAUGUUAGAGGUGCAGCUGCUGAAAAGUAUCACUGUUAGAAUCUCCAUGACAUUUGAAAUGGGACAUGGC